UACCUCAUCAGAUAUAAAUACUCCCUGCUCCAAAAUGUACAACACACUCAAGAAGGAGAGAUUGUAACCAUCACUGCAGAAGAUGAAUAUUAUCAACAAAAUGAUUUCUCUGACUCUGCUCCUCUUGGCUGCAUCGGCCUGUCUGGCUCAAACUGAUGAAAGGAUGAAACGCUCUGUGUCAGCAUCCAGGUUGGCAUCACCCCGAUCCAAAAGAAUGGUUGGGGGGACCCUGGCUCCUCCUGUCCCCUGGCAGGCCAUGGUCUACAUCAGUGACAGCAUGCUGGACGGAGGCUAUGCAGGCGGUGCUCUCAUCUCUGAGCGCUGGGUUUUGACAGCUGGCAGGAACCUUUUUGUCAGGAAGAGUCGACCACACACUCAGGGCAAAGAUCCAGUUGUUCCUAAAGUGUACUUGGGAAUCACUGGGCGGGUAGAAGCUGAUGCUUCCAGAGAGGUUGCUGUAGAGAAGGUUGUUCUCCAUCCUGGCUUCCAGAACCGAUCUGAUUGGGACAACGACCUGGCUCUGAUCCAGCUGAAGGAGCCUGUGGUUAUGACCGAUAAAGUGACCCCCAUCCCCCUGCCAGAGAGAGGACAUAGCCUGGCAGACACCGUGAGGGGGUCAGGGGUCAUCCCCGGCUGGGGCUGGGGGAUCCUCCUCACCCCUGCUACAUCACUCAAAUACCUCGUACUUCCCCUGGCCAAUCACUCUGAUUGUAAGGCAGAAUAUGAACGUAUCGAGUUCACACCAGCUGUAGACGACAACAUGUUCUGCACCGGACCCACCGAGUAUGAGGAAAAUGUUUGUUUUGGCGAUGCAGGAAGCGCUCUGGCUGUCACAGAUGCUAACACUGGGGACAUCUACGCUGCAGGGAUCCUUUCCUUUGACAAGUCCUGCAAGAGGCACAAGUACGGAGUCUACAUGAAGAUUUCCUCGUAUUUGCCCUGGAUCCACAGCGUCAUCAGAGGAGAUACAGAGAAAUCACCUGCUCUGCGCUCUGAUGCAAUGUCUAAGAUGUAUUCACGGCAGCCAUAGAGCUUCAGCCUUUUGAUUUUGUAGAGAAAUCAUUGUAAGGUCCUGAAUCAGUGAAUUUUAUUAAACACUUGAAAUAUUA